UGAAUUUUCCAUUAUAUUAGGCACCCCAUUAGAAUUUAAUUAUGCGCCGCGUCCAUUUACGCGAUAAUUCCAUUCCGCAGGCCACUAGACCGCGCUCGUUUUCCGAUGAAAAUCCAUUUGCCGGCGCCCACUAGACCGUUGUUCUUGUUGUUAUUCCUCGAACGUCAAACGUCGCACACUCGAUCGUUUCAGUUUUACAUCGACCGGAGCAACGAAUAUAGGCGACGCCGUCGUUUUGCUUCCCUCCGUUUUCCACAAGACGAUGUCUGCUACGGAUUGAUUUCACGGUUUGCGAACUUUGGAUAACGUCUUUUUUAGUGUGACAAUGCGGUUUUGGAUAGCGCACGAAAAUGGUCAAGGAAAUGCGCUUGAAAUCGGCGGACGGACCGCUGUCCGUUCACAAUAAUGUUAACAACGAUAUCCUUAAUUCACCGAAAAGGAUAAACACAUUGCAAAAUAGCAACAUCAUCAAUACAAAUUAUAGCAACAACACCAGCAACUUGACGAGCAACGAUGUUACUACCACCAAUUAUACUAUUAAUACAGAAGACCUAAACACACUGAACAACGUGACGAACGUAGAUCGGGUGCAAUGGUGCAAUCCUGCAACGGAACUGCAGAAGCGUCAGCUGAUCAACAAUACGAACAACCGCAAUCAACUGUUAAACUUCAACAGCGGCAAGCUGGCUGCUACCAACAACUCGAACGCGCUGCACCGCACCACUUCAAACUCGAUGUACACGGAGUCAUCGCCAGAUGAUAGUCUUCUUGAUUUUGAAGACGCCCAUCAAAGCGGCUCGUCGGCCGACACGUCCCCACAAGAAGAGGACAGAGGAUUCGAUUUGUCGGACUCUGAGUCUUCCGACGAGGGGAACUUAAGCAACACAAGAGGCACCAUUCAGCGUCGAGGUAUAGUGAACCCCAAUUACCCUGGCUUCCAGCACCUCGCCCAUACUUUGGACUACACCAUCAAGGUUUCCUCUGAUGUUGAUCUUACUGACGACGAAAUUGAUUGCGACCUCCUCAGCAAGGAGCAACAAGACUCCAAUUGCAACAACAACAACAACAACGCUGAAGAAGACACUGAUUUUCCCUUGGAUCACAUCGACAGCGUAAAUCGCCUUGAUAGCGUCGAGAAUAUACAAAAAGUGUUCUACGAUAAGCCGGUGUUUAACAUUGACGAUUGUGAAAAUUUAAACAGUCAAGUUGAUCUGAAUAUUAAGUUGGAAGAACAUAUUUCGCACGAAAACAUUGUUGGUGAUUUUGGCAAGGAAGUGGAACAAGAGUUGGGCAAAAUUUCCUUGAAAAAUCAAACUACCAAUGAUUACAUAGAACCUUUCCCUGAUCCGUACUUGGUUCUUGAACUGGAAAAAGCUAUUAUUUUAGAACUUGAAGAAGCGGUUGAAAAAUUAGCUGUUCUAACCGAUUUGCAACCAUCAGCAGCCAAAUACAAUAUUGAACCGAAUAUUGAACAACCUUUUAACAAAUUAUCCCCUACAAAACAAACACCCGAACCUAUAGUUCUUGAAGAUACUGAAGUUAUCGCCAAUAACAACAACAUGGAAACCAUGCAUGAUAAUUGCGAUGUAGAUCUAAAAAUAGCUGAUGCUUUUCUUUCAAACGCCCAGGAAAAUAUUCCUGAAACAAUUUCUAUUGAUUCUAAUUUAAACAUACAAGAAAACAAAAUGGAAGUGGAUACUAUGAAGAAAUCUGAUAUAUCAAGAAGAGAUUCAAACCGAGAACUGGAAGAAAUCGAAUGUCAAAUAAAGAAGAUUAAAUCAGACACAAAUUUAAAAUUGGACGAGUUGGAAAAAUUCUGCAAAGAAGAUAUAACAAAGAGCUACAAGGAAAAGGAAGACGACAGUGCCGUGCCGAGGAAAAAAGAAAAAAUCGAUUUUUACGUCAAAAAAAGACGCGAUUACAACCAACAGUUUGGAAGUCUUAUAAGCUUUCCGCGUAGGGACUUAAGCGGACGAAACAGAGACACUCUGAACAGAAGAUCAGUACCGAUGGCAAGAGACAAGAAGAAAGUUUCGAUUGAAUCUUUGGGUGGAUUUGAUGUAUACAAUAUCGAAACAGCAAUGCCUAAAAUAGAUUUAGAAGCCAUUGAAUCACACUUAAGAGCAGCAAGAGACGAAGAAAGAAGGAGGCGUACAGACAGAGAAGAAAUCCGCCGCAGACUGGCAAUGGGCUCGGAAGACGACUACUACACGGACCGCCCAGGUCGCAAGCCCAGUCUGCAGGCCCGACUGCAGAGCGGCAUGAACCUGCAAAUUUGCUUUAUGAACGAAACGGCUUCCGACACGGAAAGCCCCAGCUCCGAUUCCGAGUGCCCGAUGACCAACCCUAAGCAACCAAAGACUUCUCCAAAGAACGCUAACGCUGCGUACAAUAAGCAAAAAAUUAGCAACGGAACAGCGCCCGCCCAAAGGCCUGCAACCUUGAACAUAAGUCAACCGUUGCUGCAACCAAUCAAAGAGCCUAUGACAGAGACUGAUUUUUUUGCCAGACAGGCUAGACUGCAAACUGAAGCUCGAAUGGCACUUGCGCAGGCCAAGGAGAUGGCCCGAAUGCAAAUGGAGAUUGAGCGACAAAAACAAAAGAAGAGCCCCAUCACAGAGAUGGUGAGGCACAGUCUCGAAAAGGUGGGUAUACCGUUUCCCGAGGAGAAACGACGGCUCUCGAGACAGAUUCUGACGGAAAUGAACGUGGCUCAACUGCAAGUGAUAGUGAACGAUCUUCAUACUCAAAUAGAAACCCUUAACGAAAACCUCGUGAAAUAUCUGAUGGACAGAGAUGAUCUGCACAUGGAGCAGGACUCCAUGCUCGUAGAUAUUGAAGAUUUGACCAGAUAUUUGGGAGCAAAAGAACAAGUGUUCAAGGAACAAAACCUGGCUCCGACUCAAAAUAACAAUGUAUCGCCCCCCUCGCCUGCCCCCUCUUCGCCAUUGGCGGCGCUAAACAGUAGCGUCAAACCUCACCUACAUAGGAUAGCGAAUCUUGUCAAAAAGUAACCUCGUUAAGUUUAAGUCUUGAACUUUCUUUGAAGUGUAUAUAACUCAACGUAUUGUUAGCUUGGAGGUUUGUUUUUCGUUUAUGAUAUUUGAGCUUAGGCCAUUUUAAUUCUUAAAUAAGCCCUUGAAUGUUACCAAAUCCUAAAUAAAUAAAUUUAGAUUUUCGAUAGUACAAUUUGUCUAAAUAAAUUUUGGUAAGUAUAGUUAACAUAAUCAAAAGAAUGUGAACAAAAGUAGGAAAUGUUCCUAUAAUUCAUAAUUAUUGUGGAAUUUCAAGCCCAUUGUUUUAAGUGAUAUUUUUUAGAUUAAAAUUUUAGUAAGUUAUUUAUUUUUAUACUUUGACAUAUCACAGUAGUUUAUUUUUACAAAAUCGCAAAUGAUUGUACAUAAUUUGUAUGUAUGUUAAGUGAUUGGUAUAUUUGGAAUUUGGUUGUGUAUUAUAUCUCAAGAUAAACAUUAAAAUCUAAAUGUUUCUCACAUAUAAAUAUCAUUACUUACAUAAGUGUUUUCCACCAUAAUUUAAGUCACACAGUAUCUUCUGAUUGGAUAAAUUAAAGCAUUGAUUUUUAGAAUAUGAAAUACGUAAUUAAAUGCAUACAUAAAAAUUAGAAGGUAAUAAGGCAGUUAAGUCCAACCAGUAGGAUGCCAUUGACUUUCCCAGUCGAAUCACAAACAAAUUUAACAGGAAAUUGUUAAUUAGUUUGAGAUAAACAACACUAUGAUAGUUUUACAAACUUUUUUUUCCUAACAUUAAGUACUCCAGCUUAGUUUAACUAAUUUUGGGCCGCUGAAUUCAAAAAUGUCUUUAGUUUUUCUCUAGGAUGUCUGGGAUUUAAAAUAAUUUCGUAAUAAAAUGCUCUGCUCAAUCACCUCAAAAUGUAAGUUUUUUGUUGGUAUUUUAAUUAUUAAAUUGAAAGGGCAACAAAGUAAACAAGUUUCAGUAUUUUUUAUCCAAAUUAAGCCCUCAAAAUUUAAUGCAUUGCAUAAUUUUGCUUUUUUCCACCUUAAAUUUAUUAAAUCGUAUCAAAUAUCGAAUUGGAUUAUAGUAUUAUUGUGCUUAAUCCUCAUCAUCGUCGUACAUCUUUUGCUGCCAAUUCCAGCAAAUGUCUCCUAGCAAUGAAUCCAACUUCUUUCCGCUAUACCCAUAGAUAUCUACCAAUGCUCUAGAUUUGCAGUUACUUGGUUAAAUCGUUCUCCAUGUUUAUCAGGAUGAAAAAAAAGAAAAUGUAUUUUAAAUGACAAAUUAACGCUAAUUCUUUGCAAAACGAAGAGCAUUUAUUCAAUGAAUUGGCGCCAGUUUUAGGUCCCAUAUGAACCAAGAACAUUUUUAAUGACAGCUUUAGCACUGCCAUAUGCGACAAGCUUGUCAACUUUGAGAGCAUUUUUGAAUGCUUGAUCUUUCAUUAAACGUCGUAUAUCAGGUCCAUUUAAUAUUCCUGCAAAAUUAAAGUAGUAGGUAUAUCUCAUAAAAUUUUGUAAUGAAAUAUUGCGUUGGUUUUUCUUGGGCGUAGGUUUAAUUUACAACGACGACAUAAAUGUUCGUCUCCUUUCUCUUUCUCUGCCACUUCCAUUUCCUGCUCUUUUUCAUUUUUGGUGCUUAAAAUCACUUUCAAGUAAAAAUACAAUUUAAAGAGUAACUUUUAAAUGUAAUAAUUUAGUGUGCUUGAACGAUAAAGUAGAUAAAGGCGCCUUUAUACUUCAAUUUGAUAUUAAAUUUUGAUAAGACUUAAUAAAUAAGAUUCGAGAUUAAAUUUUUGGGUACUUUAGGCAUGAUGUGAAUAAAAACAUAUAAAAUAAUAGUCGAAGAGUAAUGCUUAUACAGAAACCCAUUUACUUUGUUGCCUUUUCAAUUUAAUUAGUAAUUAAAAAAACGACACAAAAAUUUCAAAAAAUGAUACUUUUUACCAAAAAAACAUAAUUUUAGUUUUGGUAUUUAAUAAAGCACUUCUCUGCAGAAAAGUGCUUUAUUAAAUAUCCCUUAUAAAAUACUACUAUACUGCCCUACUAUGGACUCCAUAGUAUGGAGAAAGGCAGUAACUGCAAAAAAAUGCAAAAUGCGUUUUCUUGUGCUAUGGUAAAGCUAUGGACAUUUUGUAACCGAAUUCAACACAGAAAUGCAGUCAAAUAUCUCAUAAGUUAAAAAUAUCAAUUAAAUACCUACUACUUUUUUUCAAAAUGUAGUUUAUGCUAAUUUUCCACAAAUUUCUUGUUUAGCAGUUACUGCUUUUCUCCAUAGUAGGGCAGUAUAGUAGGUUGGAACAAUGGAACAAACAAAAUUUCUAUUUGACAUUUAUCUACUGAUGACUUUGUAUGGAGUCUCUGUAUACUUUUGACAAAAAACGUAAAAAUAUACUGAACAUAACCUUUAGAAUCUGUGCUGAACAUCCAAAAUAGAUUUAAGGCAAAAUAAUUUAAUAAUCAAAAUAUUAACAAAAUAACUUACAUUUUGAGAUAAUUCGGCAGAGCAUUUUAUUAUGCAAUUAUUUCGAAUCCUAGACGUCCUGUAGCAAAACGAGUGGUAUUUUUGAAAUCAGCAGCCCAAAAUUAGGUUAUAUAGGUGGGCGUACUCAAUGUUAGUAAUUCGAACUAUCAUAGUGCAAUUAAUUGUAUUUAAUUGACUGAAGCUUUUAUUGUACAUACAUAUAAAAAAGUAGGACUAAGAGUCACCCUUUGAAUAUACCAGCUUAUAAAGUUAAGGCAAAAGUUCAUUAUUCAUAUACUUUUAUUAAGUAGUAAACUUGCCAUGUUUUAGAUAUUAGACUCACACUGAGGAUUUUAAUCUAACGAAAAUGAAUAUUUUCCUUAGUGUUAAAUAGAACAUCAAAUAUAUAGCUUUACAAAAUUAUCAUUUAUCAUUUCAUAAUGUACUUGAAUGUGCCAUAGUGUUUAUUUAGCCCAACACUACUUAAAUACAAUUUGGUUAUGACUGCACAUGUAUCCAAAGAAUCAUAUUAAACUUACUCGAACAUUUAAAAAGUGACAACUAUUUAUUAUAAUACUAAAAAUUUAAAUAAUUGUGAAUAUAAAUGCUUAAAUAAACUACAUAAACAUUA